UUGAAGUGCAAAUAUAAGACCAACCAUUCGAAAUGUCGAAGUGUUGAACAUUUGUUUCCCUCCUCUAGCUUCUGAGCUUACUCCAAGAACAAGAACCAUGUCCUUCACACGGAGUUGGAUUUUCUCACUCCUUAACAGGAAACCACAAUCUCUCAACUAUCUAAAACAAAUUCAUGCUAUACUAAUCACCGCAAACCUCAAAUCUCCCUCUAAUCUAUCCAAACUUAUUGAACAAUUUUCCUCUCUCUCUCCUCACCAAGCUUCCAACCAUGCCCAUCUCAUCGUCAACCAUAAUCAAACAGACUACCAAGUGUUCCUCCUUAACACUUUGAUGAAAUGCGGCUUACCCAGAGACUCAAUUCAUCUAUUUGCCAAAUGGGUUUCAGUUUCCUCCAUUGAUUUCGACGAUCACACCUUCAUUUUCGCACUUGGCGCGUGUGCUCGGUCCCCUUCUCUAUCGGCGAUAUAUGAAGGAAGACAGAUACAUGCUUGCGCUAUCAAACUCGGGUUUAUCCCUGAUCUUUUGGUGUCUACAACAACAAUACAUUUCUAUUGUACCAAUGGGUAUAUUGUUAACGCCAGGAACCUGUUCGAUGAAAUGCCUAUGAGAAGUCAUGCCACUUGGAAUGCGCUUAUAACAGGGUAUUCCUCGCAGAAAAAGGAACCCCAUAAGAAUUGUAUCAAGGCAUUGGUGUGUUUUAAGGACAUGUUGGUUGCUGAAUCGAUAGAAAAACCUGAUGGCAUGACAAUGGUUUGUGUGCUUUCUGCUGUUUCGCAGUUAGGUUCUCUGGAGAGUGGGAGUAGUGUUCAUGGGUAUAUAGCGAAAAAUAUUGACCCUGUAAACGAUGUGUAUGUUGGAACUAGUCUGGUUGAUAUGUACUCUAAAUGUGGGUGUAUAAGUAUCGCGUCUGAACUUUUUGCUACGAUGAAGGAGAGGAAUGUGCGUACUUGGACAGCAAUGGUCACAGGACUAGCAUUCAAUGGGAGAGGAAAAGAAGCAAAAGAGCUAAUACAUGAAAUGAGGAGAUUUGAUGUGAGGCCAAACAUGGUAACCUUCACAAGCAUGUUAUGUGGUUGUCGUCAUUCAGGACUUGUUGAAGAAGGUCUAUAUUUGUUUCAUAAUAUGGAGAAGGAAUUUGGUGUCACGCCUCAGAUUGAGCAUUAUGGAUGUAUAGUUGAUCUUCUUGGAAAAGUCGGUUACUUGAGAGAUGCUUAUGAUUUUAUAGUUGAAAUGCCUUAUGAAGAGAAUCCUGUUUUGUGGAGAAGUUUGCUUAGUUGGUGUAGGCUUCAUGGCGAUAUAUUGAUGGGGGAGAAAGUAGGGAAGAUACUCUUAAAGUUCCAACGAGAUUUACAGCAACCCAGCAACGAUUAUGUAGCUCUUUCAAAUGUCUAUGCAUCGGCUAACAGGUGGGAAGAUGUGGGAACAAUUAGGGAAGAGAUGAAGUUCAAGGGCUUACAAAUCAAACCUGGUCGUAGUGCUGUCUACUGAAUGGUUCUGGUUUAACUAAAGGAAACCGUUGUAUACGACCAUUGUUGACUGUUGAAUGAUCUAGUUUAGACGUUGAGAUAUUUGCGAAAGGAUACAUUGAAACAACACCAUCGAGUGGGUGCCUGAGCGCCUGUUCUUUCACUUCUAUAUAUGAUGGGCUUGUAUGGACAGCAUGAAAUUUUGCUUGAUUACAGAAAACUUGAACCGUUUUAUUUUUCAAAUUCUCAAGAUUGUGCAGUGUACAGAGUUCAAAAAAGUUGUAUAUGAAGUACUUUAUUGGUUCAACAAGAACCAUAAUAUUAACAGGGAAUCAAUCAA